AUGUCUCAGGUUUGUUGAAAAUCAUAGUAUUGGUGAUAAGUUUUGCCUGUGGAGCUUUUGUUCCCUUUCACUUUACAUGCAUUUUCACUUUCUUUUUGUACUUUCCUUCCACAGGCGAAAAUGGAAGAAUUACAGCUCUUCCGUGGUGAUACAGUUCUCAUUAAAGGAAAAAAGAGACGAGAUACCGUAAGUAAACUUUAUGAUACAGCAUAUCUAGAAACUACUACUGCUGUAUGCUGGACGUUACUGUACUUACGUAAUGUUAAACGAGAAAUUUGUCGCUAUUUUUGUUCAAGCCCAUCGAUUUUUUUUUAACGAAAUAUCUUUACUCUCUGCACAUUUAAAUUGCCCAGCAUGCAGGAGAAAUCUGUACAACUUUGUUGUUACUUUAUCUCCUCAUUUGACAGGUUUUGUCUUGUGUCAAGUGCUGAUUGGCUAAAAAUAAAUUAGUCAUUUCCAAGAAAAGCACUGCUUUUAUUGUGAACUUAUUACUUUGUCAUUGUAGUAAACAAUGAAACUCAAUAGUUUAACCACAUAACAUGUAUUUUAUUCAAACUCUUAGAGAUCUCAUUAGGUCACUUAAUUUAAAUGGACGAAGAUUUUCGUAUAAACAUGGAGUAGAUGAUCUCACCCUAACAUCCCAAUCCACUACGUACUUACUGAAACUUCUUCUCAUACACAGAUCUUGAAUUUAAUACUUAACAUGGCACUACUAAAGCCUGGGUGAAUAAUAGCAUUUUGAGAGAUCACUAAGUUAUCUUGAAUUAUCUUUAUGAAACUUUUCAUAAACUGGGAGAAGUUUUGUCUUCUACGACGAACUGAACAUGUACAGGUCUGAAGUCCAUGAAUGAAUAGAGAUGUACGAUAGUAUUUGGUGAAUGUGUUUUAUAUGAGAGUACAUGUAGUCAAUGUUACUAAUGCAAGGUUUUUUGUUAGGUCUGUAUUGUGCUGUCUGACGAGUCAGUACCUGAUGACAGAAUACGCAUGAAUCGGGUUGUGAGGAGAAACCUUCGUGUGAGACUUGGUGACAUUGUCAGGUACUUAUAUACAUGUACAUACAGACAAACCUGGGGUUUAAUUGUCCACCUAAAAUAAUGUUAAGAUGCAGAAGUGCUUAUGGAAGGUGAUCGCUUUGGGAAUUGGAUGACAGGGGAUCUCUCAUUAGAUACAGUACAUUUACAUGUAUAUACUUUUGGUAAAGAAUUUAUUCAUGGAUUUCUAAGUCUCGGUGUAGUUCUAUGUUGUCAGUAAAAGUUCUUCACAUACUACAAAUACUUAGUACAUGUAGAUACCUGAAGUGAGUGGAGAGAUCAGACUCUGUGUCAAGUGAUCACUUUCAAGGGGUUAACCCUCCAAGCCCUAAGAAUGAUCAGCAUAAAAUUUCUCCUUAUAAUAUCAGUGCUUUAUAAAACAAACUGGUCAGGAGAAUUGAGGGCAUGAUCAGGAAAGAUAAACCUAAUUGAUACUUCAACAAAUUCUCCCCAUACUUCUAUUGAAAGUAUAUAGGGACAAGAAAUGAGAUUAACAAUAAUUUGAUAUUAGGGUUCAAAGGGUUAAAAUCAUCACCUCCAAAAGUGGUUGAUUAUGAGUGGUGAUUGUUCACAAGAGGUCUCAACUGUGGGGCUUUGACUAGGAAAAAGUUGGUUGGUUACUUAUGGAAGAUGGUCACUCAUGGAGGACUAAGUGUCUUAGUAAACUUGAUAUUAAAAAGUGUGAUGCACGUGCAAAGUUGUUGUUUCACUAAUAUAAACCUAUUGCUUUUUUGCUGUCCUUGUUGCCGUCACCAUCGCCCGCUAUUGUUGUGAUCCAGAAAUGUUGCUACCAUGAUAAUGUGACGUCACACUUCUCCUCUCCGUAAUACUCAUUUUCCUUUUUUUGUCACAGUGUCCAAGCAUGUCCUGAAGUCAAGUACGGCAAGAGGAUUCAUGUGUUACCUAUUGACGACACAAUAGAGGGCCUAACAGGGUUUGUAGCGCACUGUUUUGUUUUACGAUGCUUAUAACUAGUAGUAAUCAUAGAUCAAUAAGUGCGUUCGAGUUUUCUUAGCUCCAGAUUAGCUUUUGUGUCGUCAAGCUUGAUUUCAAAAUCAUGGAAGAGAUCAUGAAUUAAAAGGUAAACAUUCUUUUCGUAAAAAAUGUUCUUCGCGUAUACGGCUUCAAAAUAUCUCACUCAUUAACUCUCUACUCUUAAAAUGUCUUACUCUCCCUCAAGCAUGGUCGAUAAAAAUGUAAAGUAGAUCGUAAAAGUUCUUUGUUGUUAAAAAGAUAAACAUGUCACUACAAACUUCAAAAAUGGUAGCCUUGAAGGUUAAAAGUCUUGGCUUCUUGCGUGACACAACUUGAAGUGAAAUCAAUGAUCAUAGGAGCGACGGAAACAUAUUAGGUUUCUGCUAGAUUACUGAUGUCAGAGAACCGGACAGAAUCUUUUGCCAUUGUGCAAACUUUUCAUCUCAUGAUUAUUUUACGUUCAUGUAGGUCAGUUCAACAUGUUUUAAACUUAGCUUGCUUCAGCGAGCGAGAUACUUAUCAUGCAAAAUUACCCGCGUAGAGAUAUCAGACGUGAAUAAAGCAUUACAGUUGUAACAAACUGCACUGAUACGCUCAAGCUUACUUUUUCGUGCAUGAAAGAGGUUAAACUACAAAUAUGUAAAUAGACUCAAACGCACGGGUAAACUUCUCACGGCACAAAUGUUACCUGGUCUUUAUUUGUGUGUUUCUCACGAAGUUCCAGCUCGAUUUGAACGGCAUUGACCGAAAAGUUUAGCAGAAUCAUCAGCUCAGUGAUAAAACCCGCUUAGAAAACAACUCCAAAGUUCAUUCUUUUGCCGAACUCAAAUAUUCCCCGUGUAAUCAUCUAGUUGACCUUGAUGGAACCAGUGAUGCACGUGAUUGCCAUAUGACAAUUGCUUAUGACGUAAAAAAUAGUUGUGUGCGCAUGUCCACCAGGUGAGCCCGCAAUUUCUUUGGCCGGCUAUUGGGCUUAAAAUUCGUGCGCGCGCUUAAUAAUUAUUCAAAAUGGCGCAGAUUUUGAACAUCGCCCGUCCAAGUAACCAAAAAUCUCGAAUCUUCACGCCUGGCAUGCACAGGUAUCCCAUCGACCACAGGAUCCCCAAAGAUUACGACGCGUUCUCCUAACGUCGAACGCAAUGAGAUAAUAAGAUCAAAGAUAGGAUUUUCAUGGCUGAUGUCAAAAUGUUAUCUCCACAGCAAUUUGUUUGAUGUCUAUUUAAAGCCUUAUUUCUUGGAGGCCUACAGACCAAUCAGGAAAGGUAAGUAUUCUUUCUUCCUGUGGAAUAUAAAAAAAGAGACAUUGACAUUAGAUGAAGAAUCACUCAGGGUGUUAAAUCAUGUGUCCCUUUCUGUGCUCUUUAGUAAAAUUAAUAUGAAAAAAUAACUUUUUCAAAGCUGCUUUUUUUGCAUGAUAAAUAAUGUACAGACUUGGCUGAGAGAAAUUCAGAUGUGACUAGCUAACCACUUACAAUACAUGUAUGUGUUACAACCGUGUCUACCCACAUACCGGUAAGUUAACUGUGUUAUAAAUAACGGAUCAUUUUGCAAUGAUUGUUUCAGGUGAUCUGUUUCUUGUGCGUGGUGGUAUGAGAGCUGUUGAGUUCAAGGUUAUCGAGACUGAUCCAACACCGUACUGUAUAGUUGCACCUGAUACUGUGAUUCACUGUGAAGGAGAACCAGUCAAAAGAGAGGUCAGUCUCAGCUUUCUUCUGAAUGGCAAAAUAAUAAGUAACAGUAAUUUGAGCCAUAUAGCCUCCCACAAAAAUGCUUUAGGGCUUCGUCACACAUUCCUAAGAGCUAGAACAACUGCAUGGGAGGCUCUUUGAGCCAGUGCUGUUAGUUCAAGCUGUAAUGCCUGCUGCAGGUGAACUCCCUUGAUGUUAUGGGUUAUUAUGCCAGUUAACCAAAGUAGAGAUCAUACACAGGCAUUAAAAUGUUAUAGGCAAACACGUUGAUGCUAUGCCUGCUUCAAAACUAAAUGACACCAUGUCUUUUGUCACAAAUUGUUCUGCAGUAACGUUGCAUGGUCAAAUUCCUGUGUUUGAUAUGUUAUCACACACAGUUCUCAUUGCUUUCCCUGUGCAGGAAUUUGUACACAGCAAAGUUUAUCAACGAAAAUUGGUCCUCUGAUUUCUUCCCCGUAACAACACCCAUCCACCUUAUUAAUCAUGUUUUACUGCUUCUACACAAUUCAGAUCACAUAAUACAAUGUAUGCUAUGUUUAAAAAGUUCUGGGGCUGUAAUUAAGAGGUAGGGGCCAUGGAUUUCCCCAGGCUACUAUUAAUGUGGCCCCCGCGACUUCCAUAGGAAAAUAGAGGAAACAUAGCACUAAAAGAAUUGUAAUCCCUAGCGGUUUUAUUUCGUGCCUACUUGUUGCAUUUACCGGGCAACUUGAAAUCUUAGUGACAUCCCUGACCUUUGAAAUCCAGGGCACGUUCUAUAUAAGUUUGUCCACAGCUUAACCUUUUCUUUUUACUCAAAGGCGAAAGUAAGUUGCCAGGCACAAUUGGUAAUUUAAGUUUAGGGUUUGUUUUGUUUAGAUGUGUUAAUGAAUGAUAGAUUAUAUUGGGCUUUAGGAGGAAGAGGAGUCAUUGAAUGAAGUUGGUUAUGAUGACAUUGGAGGCUGCAGAAAACAGUUGGCUCAAAUUAAGGAGGCAAGUGCAGACAGUCACCUGUCCUAGCUACAGUUCUCUCAAUUAGAUCUGAAAUUUUUUAUUUCCCCUAGUAGCAGAUGUAUCACACUAAAUCUCAAUUUCCAUGGCCUUCAUUUCAGUAAUUUUCUUGUUUUGACGUUAUCUCCUCUUGUUUCUCACAUACACGUACAUAUAUAGUGGAAACUUGUCAGGGAUUUCACCUAGUGGCUCUACAAGCAUGAUCAUCAAAAUAGAAUCAAAAGAACUUCCUAGCUGUUCAGGGCUGUCAAAAAGUUUUUGAUUAGCAGGCUGAUAAUGAAUAGUAGGCAGUUUUGGAACUCGCACCAAAGGCACAAGUUCUUAAGGGUCGAGGCAUCUAGGGACAUUUUGGAAUUUUAGAGUCUCAGAAAUGGCAUUUCUAGGGGUUUCCAAGAGGUAUUUUCCACCAUGGACGCCAUGUUGUUUCAUGAGAAUACACUGGGAACAAUGCCAUUGAUCCACAACAUCGCAUGGUUUGAACUUUUCACAAAUCUAAGCCUAUUUAAAUAUGCGUUCAAUGUCAUUCAAAACUGGGAAUCGGAUGUUUUACAAUUUUAUUCGAUGGUGCUUAUUUUUUGUUAGCAGUUAGGGUAGAGGGGGAGCCAGCUAAGGAUGGCUAACUAGCUGGUGGUUUUAGCCGGCUACCGACCCCUAUUGACAGCCCUGGCUGUUCAGUUCCUUGCCAACCAAUUGCAUGCACCCGGCAAGUUAAAAUCUCAGUGACAUCCCUGAGGCUCUUAACCAUAGCCUCUUUGUGAUAUUAGUGGGUCCUAUGUUAUUCAAACUGUGUUUUGAAUUGGUCUCCUUCAGAUGGUGGAACUACCACUCAGACAUCCCCAGUUGUUCAGGGCUAUUGGAGUGAAGGUAGGGUGAUCAGAAGUAAAUGAAAAAAGCAAGUACAUUUUAGUAUAAAUUUUGAACAACAACAUGAGGUCUCCCUAAUUGUCCAAAAACAAUAUCCCUUAUAUUUUUGUGUUCUUCCAUUCCUUGUAUUUGCAACUUAUUAUUAAAAGUUGUUUGAUCCCAAAAUAAUAUUACUGCAGAACUAAAACGAAUACAGAAUAGCCAGCUUUGUGUCCAAUUGUAGCCUUUUUGAAGCAAAGUAUUUCCAAAAAAUUAGCACUUAGUACUUAAUCACACAAGUAUUUCACGGAUGCUUGACCUUUGAUUUUGUCUUGACUGUUAUAGCCUCCUCGUGGUAUUCUUCUGUAUGGCCCCCCUGGAACUGGAAAAACACUCAUGGCAAGGUAGGUCUCCAUUUUUACUGCUAGUAGUCAGUGCAUGUAACAUGAGUGAAAAGUAUUUAAUAUCAUUGUUCUCAUUAGAUUUGUAAUACUUGCAUGUCAACAUGUGCUCUUACAAAUUGUGUAGCUGCAAAUGAAACAUUUGUCUUUGUUGUUGCAAGAAAGAAGUGCUCUUGCAGUAACCUUGUUCAAUGAUUAACGUUUGUUAAUUAAUUUGACAACUAUGCUUAAUUAAAUGCAUUAAUUUUUUGCAGGGCUGUUGCCAAUGAGACAGGAGCAUUUUUCUUUUUAAUUAAUGGUGAGAUUUUUGUUUGCUGGAAUAUUAGAACCAGACUAGUUUUCAAUAUUUAGGUCAGCUGGUCAGAUUUUAAACUUACCGGUACUUGUUCUAUUUUUAAUUUUUCCUUUAGGUCCAGAAAUCAUGAGUAAACUUGCUGGUGAAUCAGAAAGUAAUCUUAGGAAAGGUACUGUACUCAAAAAACUUGUGUUGUAUGUCCAAUUUCAUGGGCUUGCCUUUUUAUGAAUAAAUUAUUUUAAAUGAUUCUUAACAAUUCAAAUGCUUUCUCUUUCUAAUCUUAACAGCUUUUGAAGAGGCAGAGAAAAACUCACCUGCCAUUAUUUUCAUUGAUGAGAUUGAUGCGAUCGCACCAAAGAGAGAUAAGGUGAUUAAUACUAAUGUACAUCAACUUGCCAUUAAACUAUUGACUGUAAUAACCACAGUCCAUGGACAUUGUAACACAAAUCAAAUAAAAAAGUGUAAUCUAAAAAAACUUUGUAAAAACUUUUUAAGAGAUAUCUGUACUCAAUAUUGUUACUUACAUGUAUGUUUACUGCAUGUAUUCAGUUAAAUAAUCCCUGUACAAUCCCACUGUAUUCCUGUGACAGACACACGGCGAGGUGGAAAGGAGAAUUGUCUCCCAACUCUUGACGUUGAUGGAUGGCCUAAAGCAGAGAUCUCAUGUCAUUGUAAUGGCAGCCACUAACAGACCCAACAGUGUAGAUCCAGCUCUCCGUAGAUUUGGUAAGUUAUCUCUCAUCACAAUAAAUGAGUCUUUGACUGUGAUGAUGACUUCUCCUGGUAAUUCUUAGAGGUGGUGUGCCUCCUCUUUCUCAAAAUCCUGACCGUAUGUCUACUGUUUCCUCAGGCUACUCCUCAAAUGCUAUUGCUCCUGGACUGGUCUGCCCAGCACUGUUAGCUUUUUCUAUUUCUGAGUGGCUGUGCUCGCUCUCUUUUUUUUCGCAAUUAAUUCCUUUAAAUUAUUUUACUCCUUUUGUAUCAAGAGCACAAUAAAGAUUCUUGUUGUUGUUGUUGUAAUGUAAGCUGUAUUUCUGCUUCAGGUCGGUUUGACAGGGAGGUAGAUAUUGGUAUACCUGAUGCAACUGGUCGUCUGGAAAUCUUGCGAAUCCACACAAAGAACAUGAAAUUAGCUGAUGAUGUUGAACUUGAACAGGUAUGUACCAUAAUAUAUUACAAAUUAAUAUCUUAUUAGUCCAAAACAAGUUACCAGUUAAUUUCUGCUUCAAAGACUAUGCUAUGGGGCUGUCAAUCAUCAUCAUCAUCAUCAUCAUCAUCAUCAUCAUCAUCAUCAUAAAACUAUUUUUUUUUACUUUAUUGUACAAUGAAAUACACUGUCAUUUCUCUUUAUUCCCUGGAGGUCUUGUAAUUGUACUUGGUGUUAUGCCCAUAGAAUGAGUGAACAUAUGAUUCUGAUGAAAAAUUGCAAAUUGUUCAAUGUUUGGUGAUUUCGUUGAGGUGUAACAUAGACUUGAAACACAGGAGUCAAUUUUCCCCAGAGUUGAAUGGGUAAACAUGAAAUAACGGCAUUUUGUUGUGGUGGUGCUCUGAUGAAUUUGCUUGUUGUGAUUUUUUUUUCAUAGAUUGCAGCUGAAACCCACGGUUAUGUUGGUUCCGAUGUUGCCUCCCUCUGUUCAGAAGCUGCUCUUCAACAGGUAUAGUUUCUACCCCAUUGAAAUCUGUGGCUUUAUUAACAUUAAAAUUAAUGUUAAAUUAGUUAUAUUAAUUACUCUAUAGUGACUCAUUGUUUAACAUUGGAAACUACAUGUACUAACAAGCCAGGUUUGGGCUCCAGCCUUGAUUUCAUACAUGUAGAUUCAGUGCCUUUCAACUCCUUACAAUAUAAUUAGAGUACAGUGUUGUAAGUUAUUUUGAGUCAGCUGAUUUUGAAGGUGAAGCUUGUGUACGUGAAGCAGUUUGGAUGGCCCUUUUCGGCUUCUCCAUGACAAUCAGGCAAACCCAGGUGUUUCAUAUUGUUCGAUCAUGCUGCAGAACCUGAGUCGAUUUUUGAUUUGUUUGUGCACCCUUGCAGUAAAUCUCUAAUGAAAUUGUUUUUCUCCAGAUUCGGGAAAAAAUGGAUUUAAUUGACUUGGAAGAUGAGCAAAUCGAUGCGGAGGUCUUGGACUCAUUAGCAGUGUCUAUGGAUGACUUUAGGGUAAGUACAUUUUAAAUUCUGUUACACACAUGUGGCAUUAGCAAUGUCUCUCUUGUCUUUGUUUGCAAUUAUUGCAAAAUACCUUUCCCAAAGCACAGUCUCCUGCCAAUUUUAAAUUAUGUUUGAGCAGGUUCACCGCUUUGGAAAACCAACUUGUAAAUCUGUCCCAUAAUGGAAACAACAGUGCAUUGGUGUUGUUUCUUUCCAUUGACUCUUAAUUUGCAGACAAGGAAUCAAACAAUUAUUAAGAAACAUAGUCAGGUGCAACUCAACCCUUUUAGCCCAAAUAUCUAGAUUCAAAUUCUCCAAACUGAUUUCCAUACAAUUACUUAAAGAUUUGGUUGAGGAAAUUUGACAAAAGAUCAUGGAGUUAUUUAUUUAUUUUAUUUUAUAUGCCACACAGUAAGAGAAUAUUAAUUACAGAUAAGAUAGGAAAAGUGGAAAAAAGAGGUGACAAGGAGACGUAAUAAAAAACUAUAGGAGCUUAUGAGAGGUUAGGCGUCCUCAAACUACAGGCAAGAGCUGUUUACAUCAAGAUUCAUGAUAGUUCCUGCGUAUCCCAGCCGCAUAGUUCCUCUGGAAAUUUUUAUGGCACGGAAAUUCGGCAUGGGAUUUUUUGAGGGUUAAAUUUUGGCCCAGGAAUUUUUUUGGGUUUUGUUUGAAGCCCUAGGGAUUUAUUUUGGUUUUGAUUUUUGCCCCUAUUCGAUUAUUCCUGUCUCUUGAAAUCUGGAGUACCCACCCUGGGGACUAAAACAGUUUGAAAACAAGAUUGACCAGAAGUUUGGGCUGCCAGCUGGAGCAACCUUAAAGGCUUGAGUCGAUUCAGGCAGAAACUCCUUUUCUCCACCUCACUCAAGAAGACAAAAAGAGGCUCGGUUCCCAGGGUGAAAGACUGGUUGCAAUGUUGUUUGUUUAGCCAGACACUAAACAUCCUAUACAUUCUGUCCUGACAGUAUGCCAUGGGCGUGUCCAACCCGUCAGCCCUGCGUGAGACCGUGGUAGAGGUACCGACCACAACGUGGGACGACAUUGGUGGCUUGGAAAAUGUCAAGCGUGAACUGCAAGAACUGGUGCAGUACCCUGUAGAACAUCCAGACAAGUUCCUCAAGUUUGGAAUGAUGCCAUCCAAGGGUGUGCUGUUUUAUGGACCUCCAGGUUGCGGUAAAACACUCUUGGCUAAAGCCAUUGCAAAUGAGUGUCAGGCCAACUUUAUUUCUAUUAAAGGACCUGAACUGCUGACCAUGUGGUUUGGAGAGUCAGAGGCAAAUGUUCGUGAUGUGUUUGACAAGGUGAGGUUUUAUCUGUAAUGUCCUGCUGAGCAGGUGUUUUGUUAAAUGCUCAGAGGCACAUUGAUCGUGGCCAUCAUCUUGAGAGCAAAAAAAACUUUAGCAAGGAUGGACAGGUUAGGGGUAGGGGCAGGGAAGAGAGUCUUUUCCCCCCCUUCCUACUCUAUUUUAAACCCAACAAUCUCUCCCUUGAAAUCAGUUUUUAACCUGCCUCAGUUCUCUGUUAUGCCCAAGGUUGAAGAUGGUGGGAGAGCAUUAGUCCCACAAAAAGUGGCUUUGUUCGCGCUGCAAAAUACAUCUCCUUUACAGGCACAGUAAAGACCAGCGUGUUAAUUUAUUUAUCCUUCAACUCCAAGUGUGCCCAAAAUCAGUACAAGAAAAAUCAUCAUUAUGUCAGUGUAAAUAUCUUAGAAUCUAAAGUUGUCUAGUAACUUUCACUACCAGCAUGUUAAAUAUUACAGUGAAACCCCAUUAAUGCGACCACCAUUGGACCAUAAAGUCCUGGUCACAUCAACGGGGUCUUCAAAAUAAUGAAAUGACUCAAUGAUUUUUACCCUCAGGCAGCGUGCGAAGAAAGUCGUGUCCGAUAGCCCGGGGCUAGUGGAUUUUGCUUUUGGGCUAGUGAAUUCUGUUUUUAACUUGCCCAAUGGGCAAGUGAAUUUUGGGGGGAAAUUCAAAUUACAGAAUGAUUGUAAUCAACCCUGCUAGUCAGAAAGGGUUUUGGGGCUAGUUGAAAUGACUUGUGGGCUAGUACAUGCUAGCUACAGCUUGCCCGAAUGGCAGGCUGUAAAACUGACUUUGUUUGCACCCUGGUUCAGGUGAAAAGAAUUUGAUUGUAAUGACAAGGUAGUCAUAUACACUAACACAGAGUGUCCUAAGGUGGGGUUCCACUAUACAUUGUAAUUAACUUACUUUCCCAAAGCACAAUCCCCUGCCAGUUAUAAAUAUGUUGAGUGCAGGUUCACAGCUUUGGAAAAUCAAGUUGCAAGUCUGUUUUUUUUGUGGAAAGAUAAAUGCUGCUUUUACUUCCCAAUGACUGGAUUUGCAUAUACAAAUGUACAUAAUUUUAUCAGUAGCAGUUUAAGUGUUUGUUAUUUUUUCCUUUGAACACUCUUUAAAUCAAAACACUAAUAUUAUCAUCAUUAAUACUUUGAAUAAUUUAUAUUACAAGUUGAGCGAAAUUCUCUGUGUUUGUAAUUUUGUCAGGCUCGAAGUGCUGCCCCUUGUGUGUUGUUCUUUGAUGAGUUAGACUCCAUUGCCAAGGCCAGAGGAGGAAAUGUGGGAGAUGGAGGUUCGUUCUUUUUCACAAUAUUUUGUAAAAUGCAAAAGUCAAUUUUCCAACAUGUUCCAAAUAAAUAACAUUGUUAAAUUUGUCUUGAAUAUUUAGGUGGAGCUGCCGAUCGUGUUAUCAACCAGGUGCUCACUGAAAUGGACGGCAUGAAUGUCAAGAAAAAUGUUUUUAUCAUUGGAGCUACAAAUAGGUUUGUUCAUCAUUUCUUGCCUACUCAAGUGGCACGAGUCAUUAACCCUUUAAGUCCCAAUAGUGACCAACAGCAAUUUUCUCCUAACAAUGUCCAUACAUUGCCAAAAGAUAAGGUUGUGAGAAUAUAAAAAUGAUCACGAAAGAGAAAAUGCCUUGAUGUUUUAUUAAAUUCUCUCAACUAAUUCUUAAAGGAAAUGUAUGAAGAUCAGUUUGGAGAAUUUGUAUGUGGAUAUUGGGGCUUAAAGGGUUACGUUGUGUGAUUGACUCAAGUGGUGAAUGUUAUACAUUUGAGUGAAACAAAGUGAAGGUACAUUACUUGGCUGCAUAUCAUUAGACAAGUGCAGAGAGUGAGUGCUGUCAAGUGGUGCGACUCGUACGACCAUUCUAAAAGCAUCCUAAACGAAAAACAUUCUAUGCAUGAAACUACAAAAUGGCUGAAUCACAAAGAGUCUAGUUAGUGUGUGAGCAAGAACGCACACACCAUGAAUAUUUCUUGUUGACCUUGUUCUAUAGGCAUCGUACAGGUGGGAUGUGACCUCACUAACUGCAUGAAUUGUACGAGUCGUUCCACUUGAGUUGUACCACUUGACAGGGCCCCACUACAACUUUGCUCACAAAUUCUAAGUGUUGCUAAUGACAUGUGAUUUCACCAGGAGUCAUACUGAUUGACACGGCCCCCUCAAGAACUUUGCUCACAAAUUCUAAGUGUCACUAAUGAGAUGCUAUUUCUUCAAUUCCAUGACUCGUACGAGUUGCACCACUUAACAGGGCCCCUUCUCUAGAACUUUCCUCCCAGAUUCUAAGUGUCGCUAAUCAAAUGUGACUUCACCAGUUACAUGGCUUGUACAAGUCAUACCUUUUAACAGGGCGCUCUCACAAAUUCAUAGUGUCUCAUAUUGGACAACCCUCAUAGGGUGGGGAGAUCACCAUAGAUGCUGGGGAGUACAUGGACACGAAAGGACUUCCCCUCCUCAAGCUUUGUUUUACCAUUUUAGGGCAGAGAUCAUUAUGACACGUGACUCUUUUUAACAGUGUAUGUUGUUUUUAUGCAGGCCAGACAUUAUUGAUCCAGCCAUCAUGCGACCUGGUCGUUUGGAUCAACUGAUUUACAUUCCUCUUCCUGAUGAACCAGUGAGUCAAUUAUUGAUGCAUAUUAUAAUAAAUUGAUUAUGUCAGUUCUGUCUGCAUGAGCCUGUUACAGGCAAAAUUAAACCCAUAUACUAGCGUAAGAUUGUCAGUGACAAGGUUAGGAAAGAUGUGUUGUGAUUGUGUUUUAUUGUUGGUACAGUUUUCUUUAAAUAUUUUGUGUACUUAUUAUAAUAUAAGUUAAUGUAUGAUUAGAGUAACCACAACACAAAACAUCAUGACAUGUACAUCUAGAGCACUGGAGAGGUUUGUAGAUGAUGUGUUUGUUUGUUUUAUGAGCACAGAAAAAGCUGCUUGUAAUUCAGUGGUGACCAAGUAAUGUAUCUCAUUUCACUAAUGACCUUUCUUCUGAUCUGCUCCAGUCACGUGUCUCCAUUCUCAAGGCGUGCUUAAGGAAAUCGCCAAUUGCAAAGGUUUGUUCUACAAAUACUUCCCUUUUCAAUAUUUUCUGUUAUUGUUCUACGAGGUGGCAGUUACUUCAUCAGAAAGUGAAAACUGGCCAAAUACAUAAACCCCACAAUGUAGGGAGAUCUUUUCUGGAGGUGGGGAAUGGGGCUUCAUGCUGUUUGAUCUUAGGGUUGUCCUUGUUUGGCUUGCAUGGGUUUUGUAUGUGUUAGCAAUCUUGCAUAGCUAUCGUAGCUGGCACACACUUCGUGCAUGCUGUUAUUUUAGAAAAAAAGUUGUAGUAAACUACAUUUGGGGAAUAAAAGUUCUGGUUAUAGCAAUUUCAUGACAAUUUUUUCUGGUGGCACUCUUUGACUGGCCGCUCGUUUAAGUUGUGACUCUAAUUACGCUGUUAAUGUUAAAAUUGAAAAUUAUGUUUGCAAAGUUUAAUGCAAGUUUUAUUCAACAGGAUGUAGAAUUGGGCUACAUGGCCAAGGUUACUCAAGGCUUCAGUGGUGCCGAUUUAACUGAAAUCUGCCAACGGGUAAUUUUUCAGUUUUUAUUGUACAUUUUUUGGGCUAUUCCUUUUAAUCAAUUACUUGCUUCUAUCUAUCACUGAAGAUCACUGAACCCCUCUUCAAUAGAACGUGUUUCAUAUUUAAUAUAAAUGCUGUAAUAUAAAUUUGCCUAAGUAUGUUUUAGAUAGUGUUGGUGGUGUAUCACAGUAUCAGAAAACUUUUAUGUCAUCUGACUUGUAGGCAUGUAAACUGGCUAUCAGAGAAGCAAUUGAGACAGAAAUUCGAAAAGAGAGAGAGAAAGAGGAUAAUCCAGAUUUGGAUAUGGUAAGAGCUUUUACUAAACAUUUAUUUUUCCUGUCAUCUGGAAGACACACAUGUUUACAUAACAUUGUCGGGACAUUGUUAUGACUAAAUUUGCUUUGCAUUGCAUUUUUUUCCUGAAAAUAAUCAUGUUGGGCUCAGAAUUUAAAAGUUCUUGGUUCAUGAAUCAUGCAUGCUUAUUUUUCUUGUGAUCUGGAAGACACACAUGUUUACAUAACAUUGUCUUGACAUUUUUAUGACUAAAUGUUUGCUUUGCAUUGUAUUUUUUUUCCUGAAAAUAAUCAUGUUGGGCUCAGAAUUUAAAAGUUCUUGGUUCAUGAAUCAUGCAUGCUUAUGUCUAUCAAAAUGAUACAGUAUGAUAUUGUAAAGUAGGGACUAUUGAGUAAACCUGUCCCGCAUUACGCUCCAGUGAGCAAACUUAAAGAAAUGAGGACAAGGCUCAGGUGGACGAUUUCACACAAAUCACUGUAUUGUGUCCACUUGAGCCUCGAGUUGGUGCCUUUGUUUACAGAAAUGCAGGAAAGAUCUAUUUAAUCAUACAGAGCCAUCUUAAGGUUAAAAGCAACACUUUUUUAAGUCCUUCAUUGUCAAGGUAACCCUAGAACCUGUCCUUCUUCAUCUCACACAUCACUCUUCCCUUAGACUGCAAAACAGUCCGUAUUUUUUCGUAUUCAAGUACGCGCGAGUAGUCAAACAAAAGGUCUGGAACUAGGCUGAAAACAGAGAGCGAGACUCUUACGGCACGCUUUACCGAUUUCUUUACUGAUUUUGAGAAAAAACUGACUGUUUUGCAGUCUACUCUUCCCUUCAGGCUUCCCUUUCCUCGCCUUAGCUUGAAUUGUUGUCAGGUCUAGGUGAAAACCUGCCAUUUCUUAUUAUUAUUACCUGUGUUCGACAUGUGUUCAUCUAUGACGCUAACAAAAGGAACUGUAACAAUAUAGGAAGUGGAAGAUGAAGAUCCUGUUCCAGAGAUUAGACGAGAUCAUUUCGAAGAAGCCAUGAAAUUUGCUCGCAGGUCUGUUAGUGAUAAUGACAUCCGCAAAUAUGAGAUGUUUGCACAGACCCUUCAGCAGAGCCGAGGAUUUGGUGGAAACUUCAGGUAAGUUGAUUCUUUUAAGAUCAGUACAAUCAGAAUCAUUUUUCCUGUCAUAUUUUUAAUGUGGUAAUCCCAGUGAGGUCUCAAAAACAAAAGCCCUAAUUUGCACAAGAAAGAAAAACCCUGAAGGAUUCUGGUCAUAGUAUGCAACUGUAGUAAAAUGAUGGUAUUGUGCAGAUGGCCUAAUGGUAUGAAACUAUGCAUUUUGUUAGGUUCCCAAGCCAGAGUGGAGGCACUGGAACUGAAGGAGGACAGGGCGGAUCUGGUGCUGAUAAUUCUAACUUAUAUGAUGAUGAGGAUGAUGACCUGUACAGUUAGAACAAAUCCUGCAUAUUAUUCAGUUUUAUUUUCAAUUAAUCUUUUGAAGCUUG